GGCCGGCCAAGUGACUCGUGUAGUUGUGUGGAGUGCUCUGGCUUGUGCAUCGGAAAAGACGUCUUUCCGGGCGAAAUGAAGUGCUGUGUCGUGCUGGUGUCUCUGGCGGUGGUACUUGCGACGUCACAGGAAGCUCCCGUUUCUGAAGAAAAAUCAGAAGAAUCGGGAGAUAAGCUUUUGGACAGCGGUGAGCGACAUAGGAGGUCCGGAGACGUCAUCGGUUACAUAAGCAGUAAACUAGCACCAAAGAUAUCGGCUUUCGCAUCAGCUUCUGCUGGAAUAUCAUCGCUGUCAUCAGAACCAAAACCCGAGUAUGGGCCCCCGGCUGAAGAGGCUAAGUCCUUUGACAUCUGGGCAUUUAAGAAGGCGUUGCUUAGUACUUUAUUACAAGCCGCUAAGGCUAUAAAGGGUGGACUCAUCGCAAUUAAGGGCCAGAUUAUUAAAGCUAAAGGCCAUUUCUUAAGCGCAAAAGGACGUUACAUUAGUGCAAAGGGAGAGGCCAUUUCUAAUUUCGGCAAGCAGGUAGCCAGUACAGCCCUCAAUCUGGAUGCGGCGAAAGAACAUUCACCUCACCCUUCAGCGCCUUCUCACCCGACGGCUCACUCCGCGGGGUAUUUGUCUGGACUCACAGGUUCAUCAGGUUACGGGUCGACGGGACCAGGGUAUGUAAGUGGCACGGGGUACGGCGUACCUCCCCCGCAAAUCAGCACUGGUUACGGAGCCCCGACCGCCCCCAGCGGGCUGUACGGAGCCCCUUUCAAAAUAUCAGCCAGGGGCUCUUCAGGGAAAACAGCGUCACAGACAACCAAGAGCUCUUCAUCACUGCCCCCAGGAGCGCACGCCGGACUCCUGGUGAUCAAACCUAUUCCAUCGUCUGCCUCUUCAAGCGGCGGAGCGCGGGCGUCGUCCCACGGAACGUCCAAUCUGCACGAUUUUUUUGGAGCGCCGUCUCAGGCCGUCGGGACGUUUGUUGCUGCUCCAGCGCCCUUCUCUCCCUCAGCUGUCGGCAGGCGGAUGGAUCUCAGUUCCUACGUCGAGCCUCAGAGCGACUACAGCAUCCUGCCAGCCUUCAGUAUGUCAUACGAUCUAUAACAGGACUUGAGAGAAGACACAGACCCGUUUUGGAAACGAUAUUUCCUGAGCUCAAGCAACAUUCCACCUGACAUAAAGCAAGAAGCUGAAACAGCGUAUUGUUGAUAUUUAUCGACUUAGUGUUUUGUUUACAGUGUGCAAGACAUGUUUGCUUUAACUGCAAAGCAGUGGACACAGAACUGAUUUCAUAUGAGAACACACGUUCAGAAAACUCGGUGGUGAACUUGUUGUUCCUAAGUUUGCCAUAGUAUUAAUCAAAGAGGACGGUGGAUGAUAAUUACGCCACAGUGGAAUCAACUGAUUGCCGAGUGGUGAGACCUAAACCUGUCAGCCUCAGUCAGGCUUAUGAGUGUCCCAAAUUUCACUCUUGCGGCAAGUGGCGCUGGGCUUACAAAAAUGAAGUCUUAAUUGAAUUUAAAACACGUGAAAUUUAUAACCAUAAAAUGGGAGUUUCUAAUAACAUAAUCGGUUGCACAUUAUUUUUUAUAAGAACAAAUUUCGUCUAGAAUUAAUCUCGCAACUUCGCAGUCUUACAGGUCUGUCUCACCCUGCACAAGACGUGACUCAUUAGCUGUAAUGUUUGAUUCGAACUUUACCAGCAAGUAGGUAUUUCUGGAGCGCCAGUAUUUUUCUACAUUGAGUUCUCUGAGAUCGUUUGUUUCUCCCGAAUCUCAUCAUCCCACUUAAAGGAAGUCAAUGCUGACAUUGUACGAAAGAGAUCCAAAAUCUGUGCCUCAAGCUGUCCUUAACGCUCAAUUUUUACGAAGACUUGGUGAAAAUUUGGACUCCACGCUGUGGUUAUGGGCUUCUUCAGCUCGAGAAUGCUUCAGAUCAUGUUGAAUUGUCUACGUUAUUUUUGAAACCACCGCAGUGCAGCCCCGAAGUACCAGUUCUCCGUGCUUAAUAUCCAGUACAGUUUCUGAGACGGAGAGGUUUUAGCGAAAUGACGACUUCAAAAUCAGAACUAGUUUAAGCUACCCUAAAACCAAAUCAGUUUAUAAUAUAUACAUAUAUAUAUGUAGGCCUAUUGAUACCAAUGAUACUGUCUUCCGAAGUGUUCUGCCGUGUAGUCUGGUACGUAGUUACCGACGUUUCAGAGGAGCUUACAACAUCUAGAGCCGGCACCAGUCUACACCACGCGACAACCCCCCCUCAUAAAACCCCAUCCCUCUUCAUACUCGUCCCCGUGAGAAUCUGAAAUCUCACAUUGACAAUGCUGUUUUCUGUUUGUAAUUAUCUGAACUAAUUACUGCAUUAUCGUAAUGAUAUGCUGAAAUAUAUGACUUUGUAAAUGAUACCGUUGUCACCAGAGUUAAGCACGUAAUUCGAACACUGUUGUAUUUGAAAAUAUAGACACUUGGUAUUUAAGGUUACAGAAAAUACCACCGAAUCCGUAUUUGGAAAUUUUAUUUAAAAGUUUCUUAUACCGUAACAGUAUUUACACGUCCAGAAUUAAGAAAUUUAAGUAAAAUUUAAUAAAAUAAUCUACAUAAUAAAUCAAAAUUAACCGCUCAGAUUCCAGCAUUUAUUAUUUGUUUUGGAAAAUAAAAGCCUAGAAAUGGGAAAUGAGCGGUCAGUUUCGCAUUUAGUUAAGUGGUUCAAAAUAAAAAAAAUCCUGCAUCUGGAGUGGCCUAAUUUUUAAACGCUUCUCAAAGUUUGAUAAGCAAUUUAUUUUAUUAAUUAUUGACUCGAUGACAGGUAUAUAAAACAGGUAGACAUAAUGUUUAAAAACCGUCCCCACAAAUAUUUAUUAAAAAUUUUAAAACUGUUAUUAAUAUCAACAUUCAAAAUAGACCUCUGACGUUAAAUAUUUAAUCCUCUCUAAAUUUCAGUUUCUUAAACCGGAACUUUAGUCUACUUCUACAUAGAUUUACAAUUACAUUUUAUUUAUUACUGGCUAAAAAUGUGAAAUCAAGAACACAGUAUUAUACUGUAAUGGUGGGUUGCAAGUAAAUGCAUAAAUCAUUUUGCUUCAAAAUCUUUAAAAUUUGGAAGUGUCUCAAUUCUCAGAAUUAGAUAACAGAUUACGUCAAAACCAUAUGCUGCACUUCACAUUUGUCCUAGCAACUUCAGUGCAAAGUGAAAUGUCACAUUUGUAAAUUCAUAUGUGGAAACAAGCAUUAUAUUUGUGAGCAGGUAUAAUUUACUUUAGACCUAAUCAUCCGUUAACGUACAUUCCAAUGUUUUUUACUCCAUCGUUGACCAUUGAAUAUGCCUUAUUUAGCAACAGCUUGGAUGUAUUUAUUGAAUUCAUAACAUCACGAGUGUGCAUUUAUAUUCAUGGUUCAAGAAACAUGAGAGAAAAUUUGUGUUCCAAAAUAAGUUGUAAAAUAACUUGUGUGUUAUUUUAAAAUAAAGUGAUAUUAUAUAAUUGUCA